AUGAACAAGGAACUCUUGGGCACAAAUGCGAAGCAAAAGCAAUUGACAUUAAAAAGCUUCACAAAAAAGGAACCAGAGCUGAAGAAACCAAAGCUGAUGAAACCAGACCCAAAGAUAGCAGAGUCUCCAGCUACCAGUCCUGCUGUUCAAGACCUGCCAAGCUAUCCCUGGUUCAAGAAUUCUUGCUGGCUCGACUCUUCGUUGCAACUUCUCCAUACCACCAUGCACUGUUCAGUUGAUGAAUUCAAGGCUAUUUAUAAUGCACUUCCAGAAAACUCUGCAAUACGUCCAGCAUUUUCUCAUUUGUUGGAGUGGUAUGAUCUCAAUGAGGCUGAAAAGACUACAUCAACAUUCCUCCAUCGUCAAUGGGACUCCCUAUGUACCCAUCUGAAGAAAAAGAAGGUUUUCGAGACUGUUAGUGGAUUUGAAUCACUUUUUACAAAGAGCAAGUUCCAGCAACUAGUUGCUGGCACGUCAAGAAGACUGUACCUCUUUGUCUGGGUGCCAGAGAAGAUAUUUGUUAUCUGCUUACUUCUCUCCCACUUCUUUGAAGUUGGUGAUGAGCAUCCAUCCAAGACCAUGCCUCAGGAAUGGGAUUUUCCUUCAACACUGCUUCCUCAUACCCAAUCUGCAGCAAAUUCUCAUGGACUUGUUUAUGAUCUCAUGGGACUAGCCUUGACCAACGAAGAUGGCAAUCAUUUUAUUGCUCAGUAUGCCUCAGACAACAAGAAGGUCAUCUAUAUGCUCUUUUCAAUGACCUACCACUCAGACCAAUUUGUCAAGCUCAAGAGCAACAAGUGCACCUGGCUUUUGAACCCCUUUGAGAUCACAGAUCCUCGAUUUUGGUAUCCAGUGCACCUGAUUCAGGCAGUGCAACACGGUUGGAGGGUGCAUUGGUGGAGGGAAAAUCAAUUUCUUGACAAGGAUAAGCCUGCAGCUGGUGGAUUUUCUGUUGUGAAUACCAAGGACAUUGUCGAUUCAUUGUGGAACAACCGAUUGGCAAGACGAGCAAUAUGGCUUGGAAAAUGGAAACAUGCCUGGGACAUCGAAACCUCUGAAGACAUUCUCACAGAUCCAUCUGAAAUACCAUACAGUGAGGAGAUCAACAAAAUCCUCUCGCCAUUCAAAAAGCUUCUGAAGAAAUUAUUCACAUGCUACGGUCCAGACGACGUGAAGAGUGAAAUCAUCCUGGCAAGAGAUUGGUUAGAAAACGGCAAAAAGCCUCUUCAAACAAGCUUGGUUCUGUAUUGUGGAGCUCUUUCUAUCGUCCAGAGAGCCCAGAUCGCAAAUUGGUUUCUGUGUCACAUCAGCAAAAAUGCAGAGACCUGGCUCGGGCGCUUACCGCUAGCUCAUGCGUUCACCCUUUACAGCGCAGAACACAUCAAAAAUGAACCAAAGUUCAAGGUACUCACACAGCCAGAAAUCAUCAACGAGGCUUGGAGGAUCCAAUUUACAAGUAUCCCUUCAGUCUUGUUCGACAUUGAUGUUGAACACGAGGCCUUGGAGAAUCUGGAGACCGAGAUGUUUGAGGUUUCAAGAGCUGCGGGGAUCGAUGGAAGACUUUAUCAAUGGGGCUUGGACACAGGACAUCACCAAGAUUGGGAUCCGUAUGCAAGGAUGGAAGACUUGAAUCACCAGGAUUGUCCUGGAGAUGAUGAUGAUCUUCAGUUUGGACCUGAUUACAUUCACCGUGAAGAGAUAAUACAACUGACAGAAAAGAAAUCACGUCCCAAACCACGCCCCAAGAUGAUCAAGAAGACCGCGCCCUAUGUUCAGCACACGGCUGUAAACAAUUAA